CAGGCCGACGUGCAGCACGGUCUCCUGGGAGACCAGGAAAGCCGUUUCACCCCCGGCGGAAUCGAAGUAUAGAUUAUUUUACUUCAAAGCUCCUUCAGUAUAUUUUUGGAAAUUAUGGAUCGUCAUGUUCCCAUGCAUGCAUUACCUGAAGAAAUCCAAAAGAUGUCUCCUGAAGAAAAAGUUUGUAAGUACUGUGGAGUCAGCUAUCUAAUUCUACAUGAGUUUAAGGCUAUGGAAGAAAAAGUAAAAGCGAUGGAAAAAGAGAUGAAAUUUUAUCAAGGAAGUAUAGAACGUGAAAAGAGACUUCAAGAAAAACUACAGUCUCUUAGCCAAGAUUUUGAACGGUACAAAAUUGACAAUGAGUCCAAAACAGAAAGGAUUCAAGAUGCAAGCAUGAAGUUAAAAAGUUACCAAGAUGAAUUUCAGAGGGUACAGAAAGAAUUGAGUCAGUUGCAAGAUGAGUUAAAAAUUAAACAAAAACAAUCACAAAUCUCCAGUCAGAGAUUGACGGAAUACAAAUAUUUCUGGACUAAGACUCUUUCAUUACUUACUUUUACUAAAAGGGAGCUAAACAGUAUUAAAAAUGAAGUAUAUGAUCAUUUUAAAAACUGGACUUCACUGAAGAGAGAAAUUUUUCUACAAACUAAAUCAAUAAGUGAAACAGCCUUGACAGAAAUAAAGAUGCUAAAUAAAAGUUUGACAGUGUCCCAGAGAAACAAUGUAUGCCUUGAAGAGGAAAUGAAAAAUCUGAAGUUGUUGUCAGAUGCAGCCAUAUUGAGAUCUCAGCAGAUUCAGACAUCCAAACAACAGGAAGUAAACUUGCAAACCAGAUGCCAUGACUUGCAAAAGGAAGUACUAGAUUUACAGUGUCAAGUAGAAGCACUUGGGCUAAAACUUCAGAAGGCAGUGACUGAGAUGGACAAAUAUAAAGAAAAGCUCAUGAAUAAAUCUAAUGAAGCUGAUGAGUGUCAAAGAGAACUUAGAAAACUGAAGUUUGAAUCCAUUAUCUCUGACUCACGGCAUACCAGAUUGCUUAAAGAAAAAGAAGACUCUUUAAUGACUUGUCAACAAAUAUAUAAAACUUUACAGGAAGAACUGACUGCAAAAGAAAGGCAAGAAGAUGAUUUAAAAAGAAGAAUUAAUAUUGCAGAAAAUGAACUGGAAAUAACCAAAACUCUUCUGAUUCAGACAAAGGAAGAAGUUGUAACACUGAAAAGUGAAAGGGAGUUGAUGCUGAUUUCACAUCAGAAAAGUAUCGAGCAGCUGCAGGAAACCCUUAGACAGAAGCUGCUGAAUGAUGAUAACUGGAGGGAGAAGAUUGAAGCUGAACUCGCCAAGGAAAGAGCCCAACAUUUGGUUGAAUUUCAGGAGCAAGCUCUUCUCUUUAAGGAAGAAGCUAAACUGGAACUUGAUAUUGAAAAGGAAAAACACCAAGAAAUAAUCCAAAAGUACAAGAAAGAACAAGAAGAACUACAAAUGAAGAUAUCUGACUUAAUCGAAGGUGCUACUAAAGAUCUAAGACUGAAACUCGCUGCUCUUGAAGAAAAACUCCAUGAAUCUCAUGUUCAAUAUACUGAAGAAUCUGCGUUAAAGGAGAAAGAAAUUGAAAACCUUAAAAAUUUGGUUGUAGAAUUUGAAUCACGUUUGAAGAAGGAAAUUGACGGUAAUGGUUCAGUUUCAGAGGACCUGAGGAAAGAAAUGAAAAAGAAGUCAGAUGAACUGGAAAGAGUAAUGCUGGCACAAACACAACUGAUGGAGCAAUUCAACCAGUCCCAGAAAGAGAACACUUUUCUUCAGGAAACAGUGCGUAGAGAGUGUGAAGAACGCUUUGAACUGACAGAGGCUUUGAGUCAAGCCAGAGAACAGCUCCUGGGGCUCAGGAAGCUGAGCGGACAGUUGCCGCUGUCACCGUGCUCCCUCGGCCAGGGCAGCCUAACCUCCUCUGCUGCAGCUGGGAGUGGUCAGGGAGAGAGAAGCCUUGCCAGACUGCACUCUGAGAAAGUAAUCAAAAUCCCUGGCCUGCCUGGAGUGUCGAAGCCCACCACUUCUUCAGCCUUUUCUCAGCCGAAGAGGGUCAGCAGCUCAGGUUUGCCCACAGUCCCCCAGCCACAUCCUCCCCGGGGUCGACCGUCUUCAGUCAGUGAGACCAGGCAGAGACUGGCUGCUAUUCUGAGGAGGAGACUGAGUCAGCAGUAAUGAAGCCGAAGUCACACACAGUGUCUAUCUUUCCCGGAGUCCAGAGCCCCACUGUAAUUAAGAAUGACAAACUUCAAAUUAUUACCGCGGAUUGAGAAUGCAUACUUAAAGAUAUUUUUAAUAAUUGGACAAGCUAAUGAAUUUUGAAGCCACAUUUUCUAAGAGGCCUUUGAAACUGCAACAGAUAAUGAAGUUGUUGGUAUUCCAGAGACCCAAUCUCUGUAUUUAUGUAUUGUGUGUUUCGAUGUGCUCUAUGAAUAUGCCCUUUUAGAGAUCAUAGGUAAAAAUUUUCACCCAUUGCAUCUUUUCUACUUUUUUGCACUAUUACAAGAAGAUCUAUUUCUACACCAAAAAAAAAAAAAAUAGAUUGUAUUGGUUUUGUUGGUAUUUGUUCAUUUGUUUGUUGAGUUGAAUAGGUUAAAUAGAUGUAAUUAGCAUUCUAAAUAGCAAAUGAAAGGACUUUAGUCCUUAAUUUGAUCAUUUUUAAACUGCUUAUUAGUUCAAAUAUUCGCAAACUUCAUCAUCACCAAAUUUUCUCUAUUUCACCUCACAAUCGGUUAAUCUAAUUUCUUUUUAAGCAAGGUCAGAUGUAAUGAUAGGUAAUCUUCAGGAAGACAAAGGGACAGCCACUCCUAUUCAAGAAAAAGGGGGGUUAUUUCUAAAACUAUGGAGAUGAUUUUAGAUGACAAGGAGCCUAGCCAUGAAAGUAUUACUUGGGAGAGAUUUUCUCCAUUAAAUGGUCUCUGGUACUCCAGGUCAAGUUUUGGCUUUAACUGGUAUUCUGUAGCUAUUGUGUAGAGAGCUAAUUCAAGACAGUUUAGUAGAGGCACAUAGUGCUAAUUUAGCAUGUUUUCUAUUUUCAGAGUGAAAAAUUAAAACCAGACCAACUAUUUCACAUAGUCAUAAAGCUUUAGGCUCCUCCUGUUUUGUAAAAGGCAACUCUUUACCUUAUGCUAGUAUUUGUCUAUCCUUUUCUCCAUGUAAUAAACAUGUAUUUUUCUUCUA